AUGAACUUCAAAUCAGACCAGCUCGGAAUUUUGAUGAUAUCAUGGCAAGGUUACCAGGGUAUUUACAGUUGGAGGAUGUCCGAAUGGCGCGAAAGGCUGAAAAUGAAAAACAUAAGGCUAAAAGAGCAGAAGCUGUACCGGAGCAGAACAACAGGAGUCAGGACCGGGCACCCUUCAGAGGGCUGCCCCCGAGGGUUCUUCCGCCUCCAACAGAAGUGCCACCUCGCCAAUAGCGCACUGGACGGACAGCCACAGCAGGGGCCCAAAAACAAGUUAUGUGAAUACCACAAUGCCUAUGGGAAUUACACCCGAUACUGUGGACACCUCAUGCAUCAACUAGAACUCUUAGUACGCCAAGGCAACUUGGACCAAUUUAUCGCUAGAGGAAAUGAGGGUCAACGGCAGCCGCCGCAGAGAAACGACCAUCGACAGGAUCAAGGGAAUGAUCGGGAUCGACGCCCGGAGGAAAACCGCGAUCAACAUAGAGGAGCCGUGCAGGGUCGGGCACCUCCCCACCCGCCCAGAAGGGAGGUGCACAUGAUUUUCGGUGAGAAUGGGAUACCAACUUCCAAUCGGGCUAAGAAACAAGUAGUGCGGGCGGUAAGAUCAGGGUAUUAUCCCAAACAGGUAAUGGAGAUCACAGGUGCGGCGGAGGAGCCGGCCAUCAGCUUCGGGGCAGAAGACCUGCGAACGCUCAUGUACCCCCACGACGACGCAUUGGUCUUCACAACCGAUAUAGCAUCUUGCUUUGUACAUCGCGUGUUUGUAGAUUCAGGGAGCGCGGUGAAUAUCUUAUACUUGGAAUGUUUACAAAAUAUGGGGAUUGACGCUAAUAUCGAACCCACGAAUGCCCCUUUGUUUGGAUUUGGGGGGGGGGAAAUCGUCAUGCCGCUGGGAUUCGUAGAGCUAUCGGUCACCCUCGGAAGGGCGGAUGCUUGCAAAACUAGGAUGAUACGAUUCCUAGUGGUAGAUAUUCCAAAACCUUCUUAUAAUGUGAUAUUCGGGCGCCCUGCUCUGAUGGCAUUCAGAGCAGUUAUCUCAAUGUUCCACCUGAAGAUGAAAUUCCCCAUCGGAGGGGGAAGAGUGGGAGAAGAAUGGGGUGACCAGAAAAUGUCAAAGAAGUGUCAUGUGCGGAUGCUUACGCAUUCCUCAGGGCAGAAAAGAGAAAGGGUAGUAGAGGGACCGGACACCCGGAAAAAAGGGGAAGGAAGAGAGGGUUUUCAGACCAAAAUCGGGCCAUUUAUGAAUGAGCAGGUUAAAGAAGAAUUAAUCAGUUGCCUCCAGAGGAACGCGAACGUGUUUGCAUUCAGCACAGCCGAUUUAAAGGGUAUCGAUAGAGGGUUGGCAGAACAUCGUCUCAACGUGAAUCCCAACGUCAUACCGGUGAAGCAAAGAACGAGACACUUUGGAACUGAAAAGGACGCCGCAAUCAGAGAACAAGUACAUGGGCUACUGGACGCAGGCUAUAUCGAGGAAGUGCAAUACCCAGAACGGAUUUCAAAUGCUGUAAUGGUGGCAAAAAAGACGAAUACUUGGCGCAUGUGCGUAGAUUACAGGGACUUGAAUGCUGCUUGUCCGAAGGACCAUUAUCCUCUGCCGAGGAUUGAUCAGCUUGUGGACUCUACCUCAGGCUGUGCCCUGUUGUCAAUGAUGGACACUUACCAGGGAUAUCACCAGGUUAAGAUGCACAGAGAGGACAUCGCUAAAACGGCCUUCGCCGUCUGUUGCGGGGUUUUUGGUUGGAGAAGCAUGCCGUUUGGUUUGAAAAAUACGGGAGCUACGUAUCAGAGGAUGAUGGAGAAAAUAUUUAAAGAACAACUCUCAAAGAACAUUUCGGUGUACAUGGAUGACAUGCUGGUGCGCAGCAUCAGAACAGAUGAUCAAUUCUCUGACUUGGAGGAAGUCUUCACGGUCAUUAAAAAUCACCGGCUUAUGCUUAACCCAGCGAAAUGUACCUUUGGGUCACAACUGGAAAGUUCUUGGGAUACAAGGUUCAUCUCACGAUCGGCAGAACGGAGCUUGCCAUUCUUUAAAAUUCUGAGGAAGGGGACCAAAUUUCAGUGGAUAGCGGAAUGUCGAACAGCCUUCGACGAUCUUAAAGCAUACUUGGCAGAGCUCCCAACUCUGACCAAGCCAAUUCCGGAUGAAGUAUUAUACUUAUACAUAGCAGUGGGAGAAGAAUCAAUCAGUUCCGUACUUAUCAGAGAAGAGGGGAAUCAUCAAAGGCCAAUUUACUUCGUCAGUCGGGUGAUUCAAGGCCCCGAGUUAAAUUAUUCAGAAAUCGAAAAGGCUGCUCUGGCAGUCAUGGUUACGGCCCGGAAGUUGAGGCCCUACUUUUUGUCACAUCGGGUAGUGGUGCGAACUGCAUUACCCUUUAGACAAGUGCUGGGGCGGCCGGAUUUGUCAGGACGAAUGGUGAAAUGGGCUGUGGAAUUAGGGGAAUACGACGUGGAAUAUGAGCCAAGGAUGGCCAUCAAGGCGCAAGCCCUUGCGGACUUCAUUCAAGAAACUACUCGCCGUCCUGUACAAGAAUUUUGGAUAGCCUUCGUGGAUGGAUCUGUCACGAAAGAAGGAUAUGGGAUCGGGGUGUAUGUCGUCUCCCCAAGCUCAGAGGUGUACCAGUUUGCUAUAAAGUUUACUUGCAAAAUGUCCAACAACGAGGCUGAAUAUGAGGCUGUGGUCAGAGCAGCGCACAUUCUGUCAGAGCUGCGGGCUGAGUGUGUCAUCAUUAGGACUGAUUCGCAAUUGGUGGCUCAGCAAUUCUCGGGGGGCUAUCAUAUUAAGGAGGAUCAGAUGCGGGCAUAUCAUAAUAAGAUCAAUGAAAUGAAGAAAAAAUUCAUGGAAUUCAAAAUCGAACAGAUUUCCCGGGAGGAGAACACCAAAGCAGACCUAUUGGCACGAGUCACCAGUGCAGUGGAACAGAUGUGGAGUGAUGAGAUUACGCUGCUCUGCGAUACCAGAGAAAUGGGGUCUUCUCAGGUUGCUAUGGUGGGCACACGGGAUUCAGGGAUCUCAUACGAAAAAUCAUUCGGGCAGGGUUCUAUUGGCCAAAUAUCACCAAGGACGCCAGAGAAUUCGUUCGAAAAUGCGAAGUUUGCCAGAGGCAUGCCGAAAGAAUCAAUGUUCCAGGGGAAACCAUGGGAAUAA